AUGGCGCAAACUGGACGAUGGCGAGGGAGAGGACGAGGUGGAGGCAGUAGAGGUGAGGGUGAGUCUAGCUAUAAUGACUCAACUCAGCCACCGAGCAUAGUUUUCAAGAUUGAAUUUGCGCAGCCAAUGCCGGAUGCCCCCACAAAAAGAGAAGUGAAUGAUAGCACUAGAGGGGACUCUGACGCAGUGCAAGUACCCUUAAACGAGCCUACUAAGAAACGUGGAUGCAGGCCCGCCAAGUGCACUGAAUUUGAGAAGUUUCGGAAGCACCGAAAAAUACCUUUGAAAAUCAAUGAAGGGGAAACAACACCACGUUGCGAGAAUGCAACCAUGUUCACCACACGGGUGACAUGGAUAUUGAAACAUCAUGCGGAUAUGAGUUACGCACGAUGGACUGAUGAUGACUUCGAAUUGGAUUGGGAGUUAAAGAAUCACCAAUUGGCAGUUUGGAAACAGCUUCAUAAGAGAUUCAAUGCCUUCCAUCAUGAGCUGCACAAGAAGUAUUCGAAGUAUGGCAGCCAUGAAGAAGCAUUGGCCAAUGGGACUAGCUUGGUCGAACCCCUCAUUUGGGUUAAGUUAUGUGGGAGAUGGGGAAGUGAUGCCUUCAAGAAAAUGUCUGAACAAAAUAAAGAGAAUCGUAAGAGGCUGAAAAUUAACCACACAGCGGGUCGCAAGUCAUUUGUGAGGAUCCUGGAGGAGAAGCGUUCGAGAAAUGAAAACUUGGUGGACUUCUACAAGGAUGUUCGUUGGUCUAAGAAGAAGAAUCAAUUCGUGACAUCCACCACAGAAGACCUUUACAAAGAGAUGGUUGGUAAGAUGGAUGAAUUAGAACCUGAACAAAGUACUAACGAGGCAGCAGCUUCUAUUUUUAGGGAGGUCCUAGGAAGUAGACCAGGGUAUGCUAGAGGUCUAGGAGAGAUGGUCAUACCAGAGUCUACAAAACAAGCUGAGAGUGAACGGUGGACAGAAUAUGCUGCUGCAGUGGAACGACAUAAAAAAGAGGCUGACUCUUACAAGAGUCAACUUGAGGAAUUGAGGGGAGAUGUGAGAUUACUGUUGGAAAGGCAACUUGAGUAUGAGAAGUUCAUAAACAGCUAUAUCUCGGAAAGACAAUCCCAUGGAGAGUCUCAUAGGAAGACUCAUGGGAUUGCUUAGUUCAAGCUGUAGAGUCUUGGUCCUUUGUUUUUAGUGUUUUUUUAGAGGGUUAUGAUGGCAGGGUGUUAUUUUGAUAUAUAUAUAUAUAUAUAUAUAUGUAUAUAUAUUCGUGUGGGAGGAAUGGGGUUUUCCAUGGUGCUAUAUUUUGUUAGUUUGGGGCAUUAUUUUGAACUUAGUUGGAGUUUUGUGCCUCAACUUGGGGCAUUGAUAGGUAGGAACUUGGUUUGGGGCCCACAAUUAAAGUCACGAAAAGUCUGGAUAUUCAUGCAAGUGUUGUCAUGAAAUUGUACAUUUUGUGCACUUUUAAAUAACUGGAAUGUCACCCUAACUGGAUUUUGUAGCAGGUAAAGGAAGUUUAUCAUGGUUUUUGGUUUCCCUCUAACAUUAGACAUUGGUGGAUAAAUGGACCCAGCCAAGCUGACACUCCUUAUAUGUAAAUGUAGAAGAAGUUGCUACAUUUUUGGUGUCCAGACUACAUCAACUUGAGGCAGCCGAUUCAUGUGGGUGUAUAUAAACAGAAAUGAGAAGAGGGAGAGAAAAGUAGCAUCCAACAUUGGAGUCGUUGGUUUCAUUUAACAAAAUAGGCGAAUAAGUUCGAUGCUAGCUGAUCUAGAGUUAACUGUGAGAUGAUAUACUCCAGUUGCUGCUGAAGAACAUUCACCCAGCCCUGCCUUCAGAUGCUCUGUCAUUGCCUCAGUCAAGGUUGUUUAUGUUUACGCCUUAA